UGGAAAGCUUACUGAACGUUGAGCACGGCGGUGAACUCAAGACUUCUAGGUUCGUGGUUCUAACACUGCGGAUAAGACUUAGGAGGUUUAGGGGUUCAAAGAUUAUAUUCGUAUGACAUGUAUGGAAAGUUCGCCAGAAUCUUUCUGGAUGUGAGACUUAUUACUAUGAUCUAUAGAUUGCUGUAUGAAUUAGCUUAUUUCAAUGCAAAACUACAGCUAUUCGUUUUAAAAUUUUACUAGCAAUUGAAAUCGCUUAUUGUGACCACUAAGGAUUCUUUGUACAUCUUGGAUUUAAUUCGGAAGAUUGAUCAAAUGUAUUAGGAAUCGAAUUUCCAGCACUUUGAAGGUGCAGUUAGGCUCCAGCAGGCCCUCAACUGUGAACUUUUAGCAUACUGGCCGCUUUGGUUGUGUUUAAUCGCACUACGUCGUUCAUUUGCCCACGAAGACCUGCGGUAAUCACAGCUUAAACAUACUGAUAAUGGUUGUCUUGGCUUUCCCAUCACAGUUAAAGUCUGUCAAAGCUAUGAAACCGUUUCUGAAUGAUGUCCAUACUGUUCUUAGAUGUGAUGUAUGUUGUCUUGUCUGAGCUCAUAUUAAGUCGAUCCCUUGACAAAUCAUACAGUGAGCCACUUACACCACGAUGUUGGACAUCGCAUUUGACUUGUGACCUAACCAUAUCUACAGCCUGCUGUAAACCGGUUAAGAUGGAACUAAAAAAUUGGGUAUUAGAAUGUACACAAGUUACCAAAGUUGUUCAAAGUCGUUCUCAAGAAAAUCAAUCUACGACCCCUUGGGCUGUUUGUUUUGAGACACCUAGGCUUGUGUGCUGAAAAAGUCAGCAGUCACACUAAAACUUGCCAUUUGGUUGAGCCAUGCAUGACUCAAGAACGAAGUGAAUACGAAGUUUGGAUGUAAAUCGCUCCUGUUGUUGUCUUCUGAAAGCACGAGAGUGCAUUACUGUCCGUCACGACUACAUUCACAGCUCGUCUCUGUGGCCUUGGACAAUGACCAACUCUUAUGCGGUUUAAAGCCUAAUCCAGGCUUAUCAAGCCAAAUGUCUUAUCAAUGGAAUGCGCUGAUAUUCAAGCUUCGUAAUAGGCAGUUUAUUGUCUGUAUUAACAUCAUCAUCCAUUAACAUAGGACCAGGCAUUACUGCCUAGUGGUCUGAGUUGCCACAGCUCAUAUCAGUACAUCAAGUAAAAAAAGGCAGUGAAGUGGGAGAUCAAGAUAAAAAAAAAUUCAGUCAAAAGAAAUAUAACAUACUAAAAGAGAGAAAGGAAGCAUAGAAAAGUGGUGAGAUUCGAUAUAGCGUUAAGAUGAGGUUAAUGUGUUUACGUCACUGACUUCGGUUCUGAACCAUGUGAUCACCUAGAGUCAGUCUCCAAUCACUGCUUCCUCUUGUCCCGUGGACCAGAACUGGCUAGUCUGCAUCGUCCCACAUGGCUCAAACCAACAGUCAAAGACUUCAUGCAUUGAUGACAUGUUUUAGUCUGGUCGCCUUGGGCCUUUUCCCAGUCUGAACUUACUUAGACGACUACGCAUACGUAACACGUGUCUCAACCAUCUCAGUCGAUGAAGGUUCACAACCUUUUCAACUGGUUCACCUUUUCUCCGUCGCUAAAACUCUACACCUGACUUAUGCGUUACUCACGUGGUGACACGACGGAAUAUGGCCUAUACUACGAAGGGAACGGUGGUCAAGUACCUGAAGCCUCAUGUUUUCCAACUUUCAAUGGCCAUGUUUUACAGCCAUACAGUAGAACCAAGCAGACUGCUGUACAGGUGCAGUACACGCGGCCCUUAAUAGACAAUCGGGUAUCACGGCGGCACCACAGGUGGUGUAAGUUGAUAAAAGCCAGCCGAGCCUUUUGUAUUCGUGCAGAAAUUUUAUCGGUUACUGAGCCAGCCACUAGGGCUGAUCCUACUUCCCAGGUAAGCGAAGUGGUUAACACACUCAACCAAUACACUGUCUACUGUUAGCCGAGGCACCAUUGAAGACGAAUCGUGAAGCGAAAAUUUGCAUUUGGGUGGUGAGAACCGCAUCCCAGACAUUCUCAAAUUGACAUUCAAAGUGUUCAGAAGACUGCAUUUUGUCAGUGCCUUCAUCUAACAGGACUAUGUUAUCUGCAUAUUCCAGGUCUAACGAAAUUUCUCCUGUGGUUAAGUCAACCUCUGUAGUCAGGCGACGAGAGGGAGACCUGCAUAAGAAUGUCUAUGACAAAGUUGAAUAAGAAUGGAGACAGUGGGCAGUCGUGAUGGACACCACUUGACGAGUACAGCUCCACGGAUAUCUCGCCAUAGGUUUUAACACGCCCACAAGUGUUCUAGUAGAGAGCCUUAAGGUGAUAUACUUAUUCGGCACACCUUUCAGUGAGAGGCAUUUCUACAAGACUUCUUAACCAAGGGAGUCGAAUGCCGCCUUCAGGUAGGGAAAUACAGCUAUUUUCGGGUGUUGGUAAGCGUGCUUGUGUUCCAGAGCCUGCGGCAGUGUGAAUAUCUGGUCAAUACACCCGCGACCGGGUGUAAAGCCUGCCUGGUUUUCUCGGGCUUGCUGUUCCCGAGCUCCACUCAGGCGUUGAAGAAUUAUAGAACCUAGAAUCUUAGACACUAUGUUCGUCAGGCUAAUUCCUCCGUGGCUAUUACAAGAGGACUUCUCGCCUUCCUUGAAGACUAGAAUAAUCAGUGAUUUAGACCAUUCAGAGGGGAUGAUAUUUGAUUCUCAUAUACUGGUUAACACUUCCGGUAACCUAAGAGCACCUUACUAUCAUCCUUGUGUACCUCAGGAGUUAGUCCGUCUGGUUCUGCUGCCCUUCCUCGUUUCAAGUUACCUACAGCUUUCUCAACUUCUAGUGUUGGUGGGCCUAUCUCAAUGUCCUAUUCAGGAUCCGACUGGAUAGCGGGCAACGCAAUGGUGUGUGGAGGCCAGGUGAACUGUUCUUCGAAGUAUCCCGCCCAUCAUUCCGGUCGUCUCCCCUGCGAGUGAAUCGCAGACCUGUCCUUCUCCGCUAUAGUCCCAUUAACCGUUGCUGACCUUUUCCCCCAUUUCCUUAAUAAGUCUAAAUUACUGUCUACUGUAACCAAUCGCCGCCGCCUUUUCCAUCUCUUUAAUCCUUCGCAGCCCACCAUUGUUCGCAGUCGUUGCGUAGACUUUUUCUCAAUUUACUUUUAAGUUGUGCUCGCUUUUCAUUGUACUCGAGGCCUGCAGGGAUGCGUUCAUGUGCAUCCAUUAGUUCGGAAGAAGCUGCCGAUAUCCACUGGCUGUUUUUAGCCACUUUAGGAGUCAGCUACGGCCUUCAGCGCUGCUUUUACAGUAAACAAGAUGGCACCAAGCUUCUGGAUGUGUCAUUGUCUGUAAGCUAUGGAUGUCCCCGGGGUCAUUAAGAUGUUUUGGUAAUUGAGUUUAUUUAUCCCCUAGUGGUUAGAUGUUUCGAACGGACAUGUGAAAGAUGGCCAACGUUCACAAAAAUACUAAUGAGUUAGGUAAUAGUGAAGAUAAUCAGUCCACUACAUCUCAGAAUGAUCAUGAAAAUGGACUUCGUGCACAAAAUCCUCAUUCAGUGGGCAGGAACAUAAAUGAUUACCAAGCAUUAAUGAGUUUAAUCAAGGGGAAUAUUGGCACUGGUAUACUUUCUAUGCCAGUUGUUUUUAAAUAUGCUGGUUUGUGGACGGGAUUCGCUAUGAUUAUAGUAGCUGGCAUCUUAUCAACUUACCUAAUGCAUGUCCUCCUGAGAACUGCGAAUGCGGCUCAGUCGAAAUAUGGAUGGGAUAGAUCGAAAAUAGAUUAUGCAGAAGCCGUUUUUGUUGUGCUCAAAUAUGGUCCGGAGAAGUUAAGGAAGUGGAAAGGAAAAGUAAAACAUACAGUUAAUGGUUUCUUGAUUGUCACGCAAGUUGGGUUUUGUUGUGUCUACACCCUAUUCAUCACGGAAAACAUCCGAUAUUUUUUAAUGUCUUUCUUCCCACACCUUAAUACAAACGUAUACUUGGUUGGAUUUGUUGUCUGUUUGAUAUUAAUUGUAAUGAAUUUCAAAAGUAGUAUGCGUGUGGUCACCUAUUUAUCUGGUUUGGCUAACAUAUGUACAAUUAUUGGUAUGAUACUGAUAUUUGGCUAUCUAUUCUCGUCUGGAUUGCACUCGGUGAAUCAAUUUCCAGCUAUCACUAAUUUCAAAGGUCUACUAAUCUCAUUCAGUAUAGUCAUGUUUUCAUUUGAAGGAAUUAGUUUGGUACUGCCUAUUCACAGUAGAAUGUCUGAUCCUCGUGGAUAUGGAUCAUGGUGUGGUGUUCUUAAUACUGGGAUGAUGAUUGUAGUUUGUUUAAAUCUUGCUAUUGGAUUCUAUGGAUUUUUAAGGUUUGGUGAAAAUUCCGAAGGAAGUAUUACAUUGAAUAUACCUCAGAUACCUUAUUGGUUUGCUCCUGUGAAACCAUUGUUCAUUGUGGCUAUGUUUAUUAGUUAUUUGUUACAAUACUAUGUCCCAGCAUCUAUAUUUAGUCGCCUAAUGGAGAAGUUAAAGUGUCAUCGUGAAGCAUCUAAUCGACGAAGGUAUAUUAAUUUGAAAGCAAUGCGAAUCAGUUUAGUUAUAUUUUCAUAUGCAGCUGCUGUCCUCAUCCCUCGAAUUGAUCUAAUGAUAUCAUUGAUGGGAUCAUUUGCUGGUUCUCUACUUGGUUUUAUAUUACCUGCUGUAUUGGAGUUAAUCUUUUUAUGGCCUGAACAUGAUCAAAUCCAAUCAUUUUGGUUGAAAAUAUUUACUAAGCAUAUAAUUUUCAUUUUAAUUGGUUUGCUUAGUUUUAUUGGAGGUACAAUUGCUACAAUAAUACAGAUAAUUGAAGCAUUUGGUUCAUCAUAAUCUAACCUAUGCUUUUGUUAUUAUAUAUAUAUAUAUAUAUAUAUAUAUAAGCGCACAAUACUAUUUGACGAUUAUUUUGUAUUCGUUUUGGGAUACUUAUUUCCUACAGUUCAUUAGUAUAAAGCUACAAUAUUUGUUGAUUGAUUCCUACUUCAGCAUAAUAAAAUAACGUUACCAUAAUGUGCCUAUGCUAAUAAAUAGAAUUUAAAAAAAAACCUUUUUUCAAUGAUUGAAUAAUAAUAAUAACAAUAAUUUAUACUUGAAAAUAAUGUUUAUUUGUUGAAUUUUUUGUUGUUGUUGAAAAUUCGGUACAUUCUAUGCCGUUUGGUGGUAUAUUAUAAGAAGUUCAUUGAAAAAAAUUAUAUAUAUCUAUAUUUUUGGAAUGUUUAUCAUGAUUAAGGUUUAUAUUUUUCAUCAUAUGAUAAUACCGAUGUUUAUUUAUUUAUUGUAUUGAGUAAUCUCAUUUUUCAUAGAUUAUAAAAAUGAUUUCAUAACUAUGUAUUAGAUUAUGUCAGAAUUUGGUAUAUGUUUGAAUUGGUUGUAAGAAACACAAGUCGUAUAUUAGUUUGGAUAUUGACCGGUAUUUAAAGUGAUUGUAUCAUGUUUCUGGGUUUCAUUAUCUUCUACAAAACUAUAUUACGCUUAUCUAGGAAUUAUUGUUAGUGUACCUCAAUCCAGUUUUAUUUUCUAUAAUGGAUUUUAAAUUGAAGUAAGAGGUAAAUACAUGACAAUGAUAUAUCAGUCCAAUUGGUUUCCACUGUCAGUGAGUUUAUAAUCGAUAAAUGGAUGGUACAGCUUCUUCAUAUGAUCGAAAGUAACUAAGAUUUUUUCUCGUGGUUAGAAAGUUAACUGAAUUUAAGUUAUGAUUUAUUAUAUAUAUUAUUUGUCCGUUGGGUUCCUAAUGGAACAUAGGGCUUCAGUAGCACAUCUUUUGAACCUGGCUUCACGGCAGCCCAGAAGCUCUCAUUUCCUCCUCGCACGAUCUCCUUCAUGUCACCCUCGGACACCCAACUCGUCGCUUCCUAUUUGGGUUCCACUCGAGUGCCUGACGCAUGAUGUCCCCAGUCGGCCUUCUCAGUGUAUGCCUGAUCCAUCUCCACUUCCUUCUGCAUUUUAGUUUUGAUGAUAUUCAUAUAUGACUUUUAUUGCUUCCCAAUUUUGGACUUCAGACAAUGUGCCAAUAUCGCAUGUUCCACUAGUUAUUCAUUUAGCAUUCAUUUUUAAGUUGAGGAAUAGGCUUUUCAGUUAAACAUGCAUACUUUCUGAAGCGUAUGCUAUGGAAAUAUCUGCCUUUCACCUAUGUUAAGAAUACCCAAUCCCUAAGAGAAACUAACUUAUAACAUGUAUAUAUUAUCAAUGUAAAAUUUAAACCACACUUUCGUGCCGGUUUUACUCCAUGGAAUGUUACUUAUUUUUACGGUGGUUUAGGAUAUUGAACACUGAUUGGUUCAUUUUUUACUUUUAAUAUGCUCUUUUGUUUUCCCUCACCAAGGCCAUCUGAGGGGAUAUUAACGACUGAAUUUCCAGUUAUAAGAACCAUUCGGUUAAAGCAAAUAUACUUUCAAUGCUAUUGUGUUCUACUUCUGAUGUCAGCUGAAUGGUCGUGUUGAGAAGUCUUUGUUCUAUUGUCAGUCGUAUCACGUCGAAGCAUUAUAUGUUCGUAUUUACCACAGGUCAUGACAACUUAUCGCUAUCGGUAGUGAAUAAUGGGAGUGUCUUUUGUAUCAAGU